AAAUGUAAAAUUAACUGUAAUAAUAACCGUUAAAUUCCGUGCGUAUAUUGGUAUAUACUACUAUAACGUAUAAGGAACGGCUGCAUCACUCGUGUGUCAGUCUUCUGUCUAUUUUUCAGUGUAAAGUGCCAACACGGCUUCCGUCACAACCGCUCCCAUUUCCAAUCCAAUUUCUUCAAAUUCGCUCAAUUCAAUUCUCUCUCUCAUCCCUUUUUUCAAGCUCCACCAUCCCUUCUCUCUCUUUCUCUCUCAAACAGAAAAAAAAAAAACCGUUUAAAACAAUCUCUCUCUCUCUCUCUCUUCAAUCAAUGCCUCACCAAGUCAUGGUCCGUUCGCAGCCAGCGAACGGCCACCGGAGGCGCGGCGUCGGCGAAGUGGCCGGCAGCGCCGCGGCAGACUGCACUGCCGUGUGCUGCUGCUGCCCCUGCACGGUCGUCAACCUCGUCGUCCUCGCCGUGUACAAGCUCCCGAAGGGGCUCGUGGAAAAAGCUGCGCACAAGAGACGACGCCGUAUGCCGAAGAAGAACAACACCGGCGACGUAAAAAACGGCGUCGUUUUGUUGCAGGCGCAGCGUUCGAGCAGCGUGGAAACGCUCGAUAUUGCGGUGGGGCCCACGCGCUUGGAGGAGUUUAUGAAGAAGGAGUGGGAGGACGAGGAGAAGGGGAAGUGCGAGAAGGAAGAGGAAGAGGGGUUGGAGAAGGAGAUGUGGGCCCGGUUUGCAGGAACUGGAUUCUGGCGGAGCGAGUCUCAGCGUCAACCAUAACCGGAGUGGACUGAAAUGGAUUAUCCGCAUUCACGCAUUCCUGAAUUUUGAACCUUCAAACAAUUGAAUAUUGAUAUUCAACGGUUAUUGCGAUCAACUGAAUGCUUGAAUCAGAGGGCGUUGAAACGCCGUCGUAUUCUGAAGCGCUUCGGCGAGGUUGUUUUGUGGGGCACGUGUGUGUGUGGUUCCUGGAGAUCAUGAAUUCGGCAGAAGCUAUGUUCCUGUGAGUGGAAAAAGCCACAUGCGAUGGUUAUGGUUAUGGGUUUUAUUUUGCUUUCUUUCCAGAUAUUUCUUAUUUAGAAUCAUCUGGUACAAUUUUUUUUGAAAAUGUUUAUAUUUUUUUUCUGAAAUUGUUAGGAUCCAAACAUGAUGAUUAGAAUUGCUGUUUUGGAUUCGGGUGAUGUUGAUAUGGAGGAACAUCCUCUCUUGUAUAUAACUUUUAUGUCCCCUCCGUUUCUGCCAUUUAUAAAUAUAAUAAAUUAAGAACCUUUUGGUUGUGGGUGGUUUUUGAUACCUCCCUCCUAUUCUGCAA